CUCCCCUCCAAGACUCUCCUGGGUUUGGAGAGUGAUUGCUGCCCAAAAAGAAUCUCCCUCAGCACCGGGCCGGCAGGCUAAGGCCCUCCGGAGCCCCCAGGCGAGCCAGAGCAGGAGCCGGUAGGGUUAUCUGUGUCAGGAUCACUGCCAGGGGAAUAGUUCUGGCCCCUGACUGAUAACGACAGGGCAGAGAAGAGAGAAGAGGAGAGAGACAGACAGACAGACAAAGAGAGAGCGAGCAGGCAACUCCUAGCCCCCCUCGGGUUCCUUGCAAGCGGCCCAAGUAGGACGAAGGCUCUGUACUUUCUGCUUGGUGGCCAGGCUGAGAAAGGACUCCAAGGGUCCCCUCGGAAUGACAACUCUCAUCCCAGCAACCCUCUCCUUCCUUCUCCUCUGGACCCUGCCAGGGCAGGUCCUCCUCAGGGUGGCCUUGGCAAAAGAGGAAGUCAAAUCUGGGAUCAAGGCAUCCCAGCCUAUGUCCCCCUCUGAUUUCCUGGACAAGCUUAUGGGGCGGACAUCUGGAUAUGAUGCCCGGAUUCGGCCCAAUUUUAAAGGCCCACCAGUGAACGUGACCUGCAACAUCUUCAUCAACAGUUUUGGCUCUGUCACUGAGACUACCAUGGACUACCGGGUGAAUGUCUUCUUGCGGCAGCAGUGGAAUGACCCGCGCCUGGCCUACCGAGAAUAUCCCGAUGACUCACUGGACCUCGAUCCCUCCAUGCUAGACUCGAUCUGGAAGCCAGACCUGUUCUUUGCCAAUGAGAAGGGGGCUAAUUUCCACGAGGUGACCACGGACAACAAGUUACUACGCAUCUUCAAGAAUGGAAACGUGCUCUAUAGCAUCAGGCUGACUCUCAUUUUGUCCUGCCCGAUGGACCUCAAGAACUUCCCCAUGGACAUCCAGACCUGCACCAUGCAGCUGGAGAGCUUUGGCUACACCAUGAAUGACCUCGUGUUUGAGUGGCUGGAAGAUGCUCCUGCUGUCCAAGUGGCUGAGGGGUUGACUCUGCCCCAGUUUAUCCUGCGGGAUGAGAAGGAUCUAGGCUAUUGUACCAAGCACUAUAACACAGGGAAAUUCACCUGCAUCGAGGUUAAGUUUCACCUGGAACGACAGAUGGGCUACUAUCUGAUUCAGAUGUAUAUCCCCAGCCUACUCAUCGUCAUCCUGUCCUGGGUUUCCUUCUGGAUCAACAUGGAUGCUGCCCCUGCCCGGGUGGGCCUAGGCAUCACCACUGUGCUCACCAUGACAACUCAGAGCUCUGGCUCCCGGGCCUCUUUGCCUAAGGUGUCCUAUGUGAAGGCAAUUGACAUCUGGAUGGCGGUAUGCCUGCUCUUUGUGUUCGCUGCCCUGCUGGAAUACGCUGCUGUCAAUUUUGUCUCCCGUCAGCAUAAGGAAUUCAUGCGACUUCGAAGAAGGCAGAGGUGCCAUCGCAUGGAGAAAGAUAUCAUCCGAGAAAGUCGCUUUUAUUUCCGUGGCUAUGGCCUGGGCCACUGCCUGCAGGCAAGAGAUGGAGUUCCAAUAGAAGGCUCUGGAAUUUAUAGCCCUCAACCUCCAGUCCCUCUUCUAAGGGAAGGAGAAACCCUGCGGAAACUCUACGUGGACCAGGCCAAGAGGAUUGACACCAUCUCCCGGGCUGUCUUCCCUUUCACUUUCCUCAUCUUCAACAUCUUCUACUGGGUCGUCUAUAAAGUGCUACGGUCAGAAGAUAUCCACCAGGCACUGUGAACAGGAGCUAAAGAGUCCAGCUGUUGGCUUCCUGCUUCCUCCUGAGUGGGCUUUCCCCUUCCAUUAGAUUCCAUCAAGGGCUUGGACUGUUCCUUCCUGACCUCCCACCCAGUUUAACAGCCAAUCCCAAAGCUAUAUGGGUCCACAGCGCAUGGCGCCAAUGGUGGCUGUGCUUAGAAAGAAGGCUUAUCUACCCCAUUCUAGAUUUUCUCCAUGCUAUCCUAUUUCUCAUGAGAGUAAGAUCCGGCCAUGUUCCUGGAGUCAGGAUGACCUUCUUCCCUGGCUGCAACUUCUCUGUUUUUCCAUUUUCCAGUGGAGAAUAUUCAGGCCACUGCUACUAGAUUCUGGCAUUUGUCAUCUUAAUCUGUACCAGUCUUUGCCCUGCCACCUCCUACCUGGCACCUGGCCUUUACUGUGCCCUCUGUCCCUCCUACCCCAGGCUCAAAGACGGUGUCUUUCCCACCCACAAGUGCUGCUCUGUGUGACCCAGUCAGGUUUCCUUGACUGUGGGAGGAAAGUAAAGGGAUAGAUUCCCCACCUCUCAGCAAGGUUGGAACAGGCUUCAGCUGUACCAGGGUAGGGCAUUGCAAAACAAGCCAAUAGAGAGGCCUUAAAGCUUCCUGUCAGAAUAGGGUCAGGAAUCUUGGACUCUCAGAAAAACCACCCUUCCAAAUCUACCUAAAUUUCCUGGUCUCAGAAACAUUUUAUUCCCUAACUAGCACAGUGGCAGGGUGUGUUUGACUGUUGUGGAGUGUAAAGAGAAAAAUGCUGGAGUUCCCAUUAUGGCUCAGCAGGUUAAAGACCCAACGUUAUCUCUGUGAGGAUGGGGGUUUGAUCUCUGGCCUGGCUGAGUGGGUUAAGGAUCUGGCAUUGCUGCAAGCUACAGUGUAGGUCACAGAUGCGGGUCAGAUCUGGUGUUGCCAUGGCUGUGAUGCAGGCCAACAGCUGCAGCUCUGAUUUGACCUCUAGCCUGGGAACUUCCAGGUGCUGCAGGUGCAGCUGUUAAAAGAAAAAAAAAAGACAGAAAAAUGCUGGAGUUCCCUGGUGGCCUAGUGGGUUUAGGGGUCCAUCUUUGUCACUGCUGUGGCUCAGGUUUGAUCCCUGGUCUAGGUACUUCUGCAUGCCACUGGCAUGGUGAGAGAGACAGAUAAAUGCUUAAGUCUUCAAGAAAGUAAUUUGAUGAUGCUAGAAAGUUUUCAAGAAAAGCGAGCUCCAAGGAAGUAGGACCCAGGAGGAGAGUAUACAGAAACUCUCCUCAGAGAGUCUUCUGUUGGUUGGGAUUUCAUUUGUUUCUUCUUUUUCUCCGAAGUCUCUUUAUUUCCCAGGACCCCUCAUUUUCAACUUGCUCCUUCACCUCCUUUCAAUGAGGAAAUAAUACUGCCAUGCAACCUUAUCUGGGAUAACACAGGCUUUGAGGUGUCUGGGAAGAAGAUAGGUAUAGAGGACCCCUAUCCUGGACAAACGUUGACCUGGCCAGUCUCAGGAUGGAGUUGUAGCAAUUAGAAAACCAUAAGUUGGAGUUAUUUCUUAACCCUUUUCUUGCUUCCCUUCUCCUUCCACAGUAUGGAGGGAGAGCAGUCAGUUGAAGCUACCAGAAAUGUCAGAAUAGAGAGAGCAUGGAAGAGCCCAUCUCAGGCCUGAAAUACCACUGGGACAAGAGGAAGCAUGGACCUGGAUACCCUGAAUCCUUUGAAUAACCCAACUGUGAGGACCUGAAAAGGGGGUGAUUAAAUUGCAGGGAUAGGGAGUUCCCGUUGUGGCUCAGUGGUAACCAACCAGAAUAGUGUCCAUGAGGACUUGGGUUCAGUCCCUGGCCUUGCUCAGUGAGUAAAGGAUCCAGCUUUGCCGUGAGCUGUGGUGUAAGUCAUAGAUGUGGCUUGGAUCCUGUGUCGCUGUGGCUGUGGCGUAGGCUGGCAGCUGCAGCUCUGAUUUGACCCUUAGCCUGGGAACUUCCAUAAGCCGCCGGUGCAGCCUUAAAAAAUAAAAUAAAUAAAAUAAAGUGCAGGGCUAAACAGCUGGAACACAGAGGUGAUCAAAUGAUCUCUUAAACGUCUUGUCCUUUUCUCUGGACCUAGAAUAUUUAACUAUGUGUGUCCAAACUCUCUCUCUCUCUCAUCUUUCUCCCUCCCUACACUCCCUCCCUUCCUAAAAAAUGAUGUUCAAAAUUGAAAGUCAAUAAAUCCAAUGACUAAAG